UAUAGCCGAUAGUGUUGACUGUUGACUUCUUGGUCCAUACAAGACGAGAGAGGAAUAUCUUUCCAACGGUGCUCGCCACCAAUUCUUUGUUGUCAAGCUAAAAUUUCCAAGGGAAGACUUCGACCAUGCAUAGGUCUCCGAGACCAAUAAUAUAGACUAGUAAUCGUCACUGUUAGCAGUGCGCGCGUACGCAGCUGUAUUUGCGUUAACUAUAAAAACAAGACAUGCAUGCUCAGAGAGAACACACAUGAGAAGCUGUGACAGGAAGGAGAACGCAUCAUGAAGCGUUCUACUUCUCCUCCGCCCUUGGUAUGCAGCGUUGUGAUCCUUGCUCUGAUAUGCUGUUCCCUGUCAUGCUCUGCGGCGGCAAGAGUUGCUCUUGACGGAAGCCGUGAGCCAACGAGUCCUCCGCCGCCGGUGCCAGGUGGCCAGGUGUCUCCGUCACCAACUCCAGUUCCAAUGCCUCCGGUCCAUCCUCCGCCGCCACCACCGCCCAUGCCGGAGAUGUCAGCACUGGCGCCGCACCGCAAGACCCUGCAGCAAGCUGUUAGGGACGCCAUUUAAUUAUGCAUGAAACAGUGCCGCUCAUAUAUUAUUUUCGUCUAUGUAUGGUUGAUCAUGGUCCUAAGUAAUUGAGACGAUAAAUAAUGAUAUUA